CCCGGCCCGGGGCGAAGCGGGUCGAGUUUCCUAAGCCAUAGAAGUGGCUUCUGCCGGAAAAGGAGGACAGGAUGUUCUGCUUUUCAAGCUACUCAGCUAUGGGAUAGUAUUAUUCACUCCCUUCAGACUCAAGUGGAAAUAAAAAGGAGGAGGCAUCAUUUAUGAACAUACAAAGACUGUUUUACUGGUUCUGAUGCUGUUGAUGUAGUAUUAAGUCAUCUUAUGCAAAAUAUGUGCCUAAGUAGUAAUGAUCUCUCUCAUCUUAAACGAGUUCGUCUUUGCCAAGUUCUAAUGAACCAUACGGUAUUUCAACCAGUAGGAGUGAAGCUAUUCAAAAAUGAGAAAGAAUUGGAAUUUGAAGAUUCAAAAAAUAGACUCUAUAGGUUUGUAGGUAAUAAAUCAUCUUAUUUUUGCGAAAGAAAAAAGGAUGCUGAGAAUGGAUUAACAGAUAAAAUCAGACCAGAAGAUGAAAUAAUUUCAAAUCCUCUAGCACAGAAAUUGAUAGAAAAAAUUAAGGAACUUAUUCAUGCAAAGAGUAGGAAUCUGGCUUUACCUCCAAAUAUAACAGUUGACAAACCUGUUCUCCCGCUUUCAAAAGAAGAUAUAAGCACUAAGAUUGACAACUGCCUUAAUGCAGCAAUUGAAUGUGUGGAGUAUUUCCCUGACCAGUUCGUCAUUUCAGUUAGUCAGCAGUUCGUGCAAAAAAAUGAAGAGACAAGACUGAAUAAACAGAAAAAGAUACUCUUUGAUGUCAUAGUGAAAUAUAAUAAUCAAGAGAGAUAUUGCCUGUUAACUGAUGAGUAUUUUGAUAUUCAUUCAGGAAUUAUUGAACUUUUAGAAAAUGAGAAAAGAACAGAAGCACUGGAGGUAACACCUCUAAGAUUGUUAUUGCCCAACAUUAGAGAAGAAUUAGGACGGCUACUUACUUUUAUGGCUAUUGCAUCAGAGCCUAAUGCCUACAAGUUACAAAAACAGUAUGAUGACAAAACGGUUGUCCUGAAAACUCUUGCCAAAGCAGUUUUUCAAACCAAAUCAUUAUCAAAAGUACAGGCAGAACAACUCAUCUGGUUUCUACUGGAAUAUCACUCUGAGCUCUUCAAGGUAUCUCUGGCAUUUUGCCUGGGCACAUUUAGUGCCAAGCUAUUCUUGUUCAGCAAAAAGACACCAGUUACUUUAUUGGACCUGGUUAGUAAGAAACUGAGGAAGCUUUUGCAUGGAAAAGAUCCAGAUGCCGUAUCAGGAAAUGACCUAAUUUUACAGGAGAGGAGCCUGGCCAGCAGUUGA